CCUGUGUGGUCUGAUUCGGUCUGGUCUGGUCCAGAUAGACCACACUCAACGAAAAAUGAAUAAUUUGUUUAGUCAACCACACAAAAAAUUGAACCAAUAACCAAGAAAAAUAAUUGUUAUUUGCCGUAAAACAUUAAUCCUAACAUGCAUGAAUAAUUUUGAUACUCUAAAUUUUAGUACAUAACAAAGAUACAAAGUAAAAACAUCUCAGCUUGCACCAUAACGUCGUAAACAUUAACAUAAUGUCAUAUGGAGACACUAUUAUCUCUACUCUCUAGUUAAAUGUGGUUGUGAAUGAAGGAGGAAGAGAUUCACAAAAUUAAGGUUGAGACUUGGGUGUCGUUUUGGGAGUUUGGAGAGUGGUCGAAUGAGCUGUUAACACAUAUUGACAAGUCAGUUUGGGACGGUUUGGUCCGGUAAACCGCGGUCUAGACCAGACCAGACCAGACCAAGAGAUCAAAUCAUAAAAUAAUACAGACCAUAGACCAGACCAGACCAUACUUCACGGUCUACGGUCCAGACCAAACUGUGCGAUACGGUCAGAUCUAUUUUCUCAGCCCUAAUUUAACCUCAAUUCUUUCCUCCCCACCGGCCACCGAGGAAUCUUCGUAUCAGCGCAGGACUUUUUGAAGAGGAAAAAGGCGCCGCCGUGGUUUCAUUAUAGCCGUUAAAAGUUAGUUCACCUUAUCUGAUUCAUCACCGUGGCCGCCGUGGGCAAUGAAUCCCCAACAAGCCAAAACCCUCACUACGCUGUAACUCUUCCACCCCCAAAACAACCAUCCAUGGAGAUUCUUCUCAAAUCCCCAUUUCCCAUCUUCUUCAGACGCCCAAUUUCUACCUUCCUCAUUAGACCCACUAAACCCUCAGCCGUCGCAAUCAAGCCGCCGCCUCCUGACUUCGACUUCCGAUCGUCGGACAUAUACCUGAAGUCUCGAGCCACGAUCUCAACAAUCCAUCCCGAGUUAACCGACUUGGCCGAAUCCGGCACCUUAUUCUUGGUCGAGAAGGGACAGUUCGGGCCGGUGCCUGCCUGGAGAACCGAGUUCGUCGAACCGGAUGCAAUCUGGCUGGUGGGCACUUCUCACGUCUCCAGCGAAUCGGCGGUAGAGGUGGAGCGAGUUGUCAGGGCCGUGAAGCCAGAUAAUGUCGUCGUCGAACUCUGCAGAAGCAGAGCUGGGAUCAUGUACACUUCUUCUAAUGAAGGCGGCGAAGCUGGGCAGGAGUUGAAGUCGAGUAUGUUCUCGCUGAGUGGCAGAGAGGGAUUCUUUGGAGCUAUUGGUCGUAGCCUGAAUUUAGGAGGCCAAACUGCUCUGGCUUUGCGACUUCUUCUAGCGAUCUUCUCCUCAAAAGUUUCCUCCGAUGUGAACCGUCCUUUUGGGGACGAGUUCCGUGCAGCUCGAAAGUUGUCAGAGGAAGUUGGAGCUCAACUAGUACUAGGGGAUCGCCCAAUUGAGAUAACUCUUGAAAGGGCUUGGAAUUCUCUGAAAUGGAGUGAGAGGCUAAGCUUAGUGACAGCAGUUGUUAAAGGAAUCACAGCAACUCCCACCCAGCCGGGGACGAUGAAAGCAACCGCCGACGGUGAUGACACGGACGCAUCUUUCCGGCUCUACGAGCAGCUAGGCUUUUCAUACCCAUCGCUCCUCCCACCUCUGAUCCACGAACGUGACACGUACCUGGCAUGGUCGCUGAAACGGAGCAAAGCAGUGAACGGCGGCAAGAACGUCGUGGGGGUAAUCGGAAAGGGCCACAUGAACGGCGUCGUCUAUGCGCUUGUUUCCGAUCUGGGAGACCUACGGUUUCGGGACCUCGUCGGGGAGAGGUCUUCCGACGGCGGUGGAGGGUCCUCUUUCGUUGCUGCGGCCGGCAUUAAAAUCCUCAAGAGCUUGCUUAGGGACACUGUAAUUGGCGUCGUGCUUUGGCUCAUCUACGAGCUCGUGAAAGAUAGCAUUGUUGUGAGCCCAUGAACCCUUGGGCGGAUCGUUCGGUCCAAUUCUUAAGCCCAUAUUGGUUAGGGAGUUGGGCCCUGAAGAUCCACACAAUCCAUGUCUAUAGCAUCCCGUGGGCCUGUUUUUGUUUAUUUUCAGUUUGAGGGUUCAAUUAGACUCGAUUAAAAUUAAACUCAAUUACAAACGUUUUACUGCUACUAUAAGAUAAAAUUUUAACUCACUC